AUGGAGAAUCUUGAAGAGGGUUACCGUUUUCAUCCGACAGAUGGAGAAGGGCUUACUUUCUUGUUGAGAUUCAUUGCUGGACAUGAGAUGCAUGAUUCUGGUUUUAUCACCACUAAUGUUGAUGUUUACGGUAAACAAGAACCUUGGCAGAUUUAUGAUCAUGGAGUUCCCUGCGGUGAUGAUGAUGAUGAUGAUGAUGACGAUGACAGCGACUGCACUCAGUAUCGCUAUUUCAUCACAAAGCUCAAGAAGAAGAACAAGUCCAAGUAUAAUCGCAAUGUGGGAAACAAGGGCAGUUGGAAACAACAAGACAAGGGCAAACCAGUUAUAUACUCAUCAUCAUCACGCGUAAUUAUUGGAUGCAAGAAGAGCAUGUCUUACGUGAAUAAAGGGUAUAAUAAGAAAGAUGGGAAUUGGCUGAUGAAGGAGUACGAGCUCUCUAGUUUCUUGAAUUUUCAAGAAUCACAUCAGGCUGUGGAAUCGAAUAGUACUACUGAUGAGCCGUUACAACUAGUGGAGCCAUAUGAUGCAGGGGACUAUAUGCAGAGCAAUUCAUCAGUACAAAUGGAAAUGUCACAACCCCAAUUAGAUGUUCUUGAAUGGGACAAAAACGACUUGGAAGAAUUAGAGGGGAUGUUACAUGAUAUGCAACAGGACGACAUGAAUAUCGUUGAACCAUUAUUAGCAACAGAGGCCUCUUACACUGCCAUGCUCAAUUUUGUGCCUGAAGAUGUGCUUAGCUUUGAUCCAUGGGAAAUACUACUUGACAUUGAUCAGAUAUUACAAGGAACCUGA